AUGGAACAGUUAUUUUGGGAGAGAGCAGUAUCAAUUGUGUUCGUUUUCUUUGCUCUGAGAUUUCCCAGGGCAGUAGCUACUAAACCAGUAGUUCCAGCAUUGUUUUCAUUCGGAGACUCGAUUCUUGAUACAGGAAACAAUAACAAUCUUCAAACGAUGAGCAAGUGUAAUUUUCCACCCUAUGGAAAGGAUUUCCCUGGAGGAGUACCUACAGGAAGAUUCUGCAAUGGAAGAAAUCCCACAGAUUUGAUAGCAUCUGCAUUGGGAGUAAAAGAAACAGUGCCAGCAUAUCUUAGCACCACCUUGACUCCUCAAGACCUCAUCACUGGGGUUUCCUUUGCUUCUGGUGGUUCUGGGCUUGAUGAUCUCACUUCUAAAGUACAGGGAGUUAUAACAACGCCAGCCCAACUGGCGAUGUUCAAAGAAUACAUAGGAAAGCUGACAGCAGUUGUCGGACAACAACGUGCGAGUGAGAUCCUAGCCAACAGCAUUUUCCUUGUUUCUGCCGGCAACAACGACGUUGCCUUCACCUAUUCUUUCCUUCUUGCCACCACACGUCCUUUCCCUCAAUAUGUCUCUUAUUUAAUUUCCCUCGCUACAAACUUCUACAAGAGUCUAUAUGAUCUUGGAGUACGAAAAGUGUGGGUGUUAAGCACAUUGCCACUGGGAUGCUUACCUGGAGGUAGAACAACAGGUGGAGGGCCAUUGAGAUUUUGUGCAGAACUUGCGAACAUGGAAGCACAGACAUUCAAUGGGCAGUUAUCAGCAGCAGUUGAUUCUCUCAAAGCCAGUCUUCCAAAUUAUGACAUUAGAUUCGUCGAUGUUUAUAAUCCUUUUCUUAGUAUUAUUAAUAAUCCACAGGCAUCAGGGUUUACAGACGCCGGUGAAGCGUGUUGUGGGACUGCUCCAUUUGGAGUUUCAGGGCUGUGUAACCUUCUGGAUAUAUGUCCAAAUCCUUCCACUUACAUUUUCUGGGAUUUUGCUCAUCCGACCGAGAGAGCUUAUCAGCUUGUGGUGAAUUCUAUUCUUCAGAAAAUGAACAUGAAUGUUCCAAGCUUUUUUGCUUCUUCUCAUGUUAACACUUCUAUCACAAAUUAA